ACGUGACUGGACGCUCCAAGAGGGUUACCAAGCAACGUCUCACUUCAUUAAUAUUCAUAAUGUAAUCCUUCGCUUUAGUAUCAUCAGGAUCAUUCUGCUGGCUGAGGGAAAAGUAUGCUGAGCAGCCGUGGACACUACCAACGUUAACUGCAGAGGGGUUGUCUUUCGUCCACGCUUGGUUAAAUGUAAACACCUCGACCGAACAAAGAUAGCGCAUCCGCUAACGUUACUUUACUUUUGAAAAGUGAGGGAGAGAGGCGCCGUGUGGAAGACGCGUUUCCGACCGAAUCCUUUGGAGUUUGUCACCCCUCCUACACAACGGUUGGGAAAUUCCCUCCACAUGUGAUAUAGUGAUUUGUUAGUGGUGGGGACUGGGAACCCGAUGGGAUUGAGUUCGCAGCUCGGGAUUAAGUGCUAGACUGGUGAGGGCAGAGAGGAAUCACAUCUGACGUUAUAGUUAUAUGGAAGAAGGUGCAUUUGGGAACACACGGAAUUACCGUAACCAAGAAGAGUCGGGUGCAGGGGCUGCUGUGUGUUUGUGUGGUGUGAUUGUGUGUUGAUCCAGGAGAAACAACUGCUUUGAUACAGUUGUGAGUCAGGUCUGAUUGUGUGUGUGUCUGUGUUUUUUUUUAUUUAUUUUUUUAAUGUGUUUGUCUGAGAUAUCUGAUCCCAUUGUGACUGGGAACUACUCAGGCGUGGAGCUCCAGUGAGGGGCACAAAUCUACAGGCUGCAGCCUCUCAAACAUGAGCAAACUGACUUUCCACAAUAACAAGACGAUGCAGGACCGCCGGUGUGUGUGUGUGUUCCUUCCAAAUGAUGAAACCCUCAAUGUAAUAGUCAGUGUUAAGGCAGUGUGUCAGGAGUUGUUGGUUCAGGUCUGUGAUCUGCUCAGGUUGAAGGACUGCCAUCUGUUCGGCCUCAGUGUUAUUCAGAACAAUGAACACAUAUACAUGGAACUGGGACAGAAACUGUCUAAAUAUUGUCCAAAAGAAUGGAAACGGGAAGCUAGCAAGGGAAUUGAUCAGUUUGGACCUCCGAUGAUUGUUCAUUUCAGAGCACAGUAUUAUGUUGAAAAUGGCAGACUUAUCAGUGAUCGGAUGGCACGGUAUUAUUACUAUUGGCACUUGCGGAAGCAGGUACUGCAGUCUCAGUGCAUCCAGAGAGAGGAAGCUUAUUUCCUUCUAGCUGCAUUUGCGCUGCAGGCUGACAUGGGAAACUUCAAACGGAACAAACACUUUGGUGCCUAUUUCCAGCCGGAAGCAUAUUUUCCCUCUUGGGUAAUUGCGAAGAGAGGUUGUGACUAUAUUCUCCGUCAUAUUCCAAACAUGCACAAAGAGCAGUUUGCUCUAACGGCAUCAGAGGCCCAGAUGAAAUACAUAAAGGAAGCUGCGCUCUUAGACGAUGUGUCUGUUCAUUAUUACCGCCUUUACAAGGAUAAGAAAGAGCUGGAGGCUUCUUUAACUCUGGGACUGACCUUACGUGGGAUUCAGAUUUUUCAGAAUGUGGGAACUGUCAGGCAGCUCUUGUAUGAUUUUCCCUGGACCAACGUGGGGAAACUAGUGUUUGAGGGGAAGAGGUUUGAGAUUCUUCCUGAUGGUUUGCCUUCAGCCAGGAAGCUCAUCUACUAUACAGGCUGUCCUCUACGCUCACGACACCUCCUGCAGCUGCUCAGCAACAGCCACCGAUUGUACAUGAAUCUACAGCCUGUGCUGAAACAGGUUCGACGGCUGGAGGAAAAUGAAGAAAAGAAGCAGUACAGGGAGUCAUACAUCAGUGAUGCUCUGGAGGCGGACAUGGAUCAUUUGGAGCAGCGUUCACGUGCCAGCGGCAGCAGUGCAGGCAGCAUGUCACGACCAAAUCCCUUUUCACGACACUCCACCACAAGUCAUGGCAGCUCCCGUACAUCCGGCAUCGACACUGACAGUUUCCGAACACCUACGAACACACCCCACCGACCGCUGAGAACACACUCAUCUUCCAACACCAGUCAUGCCAGCACACACACGUCUGGCAUCGAGAGCAGCAGCAAAGAGCACUGCCUGGAUGAGGAUGAGAUUGAGAUGUUGGUUGAUGAUCCGAAAAGUUUUGAAGAUCUUCACGAUAUAGAUCUCAACCAGGAGCUGUGUAUUCAUAUCACAGAGGACAUGCUGUCAGCACAGAACAGCGGAUGCUAUGGGUUAGUGGUGAAGGAAGUCAGUUCUUCCACAUCCAGCUCAUCAGAGACUGUAGUGAGAAUGAGGGGCCAGAGCAUCGAAUGUCUUCCCCAGUAUUUGUUUAGGGUAGCCUUACCCUACACCCAACAGCAUUGUCGUUUCUCAUCUGUCAAUUCAUACGGCGGUGGGCAGGAAAGGUCAAAGCUCCACAGACCGGCACAGCCAAUCACUGGAUGAUGUUCGUCUGUUCCAGAGGAACUGUCAGGAGUGGGCGGAGCUUUGCCAGGACACUGCACAUAGCUAUACGUUCGGCUGCGAGCCAGACCUCGGGGACACAGUCGGCUGUGGGUACCAGGGACUUGCAGAUCAGUGCUCUGGCAUCCGGAAUAACCAGCACGCAUUUCCCAUCAAGAGAACCAGCAAGUAUUUUUCUCUGGAUCUGGACCGAGAAGAUCUGACCACAGAACACUUGACCACAGAAGCAGAACCAGAGUUUGUGGUGUAAUGCAGAGAGAAUUAUAAAGAGCCCCAGAACCAAUUAAAAGGAUACUAAACGGAAAAACUGAAAUUCUGUUAUUUACUAAAUGUCAUGUUGUUACAAAGCCAGCUUGUUUUCUUCUGUGGAACACAAAAAAAAUCUGAUGACUGUGCUAGUUGCACUUUUCCAUCCUGGUACAAUGAAAAAGGAUGGAAAAAAGUGCCAUAAAAGUAAUUUUCUGUGCUAUAGACCUUAUUCAGGCUAGUGACAUAUUUUAUAUUUGUCAGGAACGAAAAUGAGGUUGCAAGGGAUAAAAGUACAGUGUGUUCAAUGAACUGUACUCGUUUAAUAACAUCCAAAACGACUUUUAAAACUUUUGAAAGUUGUGAGAUAUAAAAUCUAGGACAUUUAUACAGUGUGAACCAUUGUGUAGAUUGUAAGUCUAUCCCAUACAGCCUUGUUUUCAUACAUGUCUACCCAAAAAGGAAACUUCUGUCAUUUACACAUGCUAAUAGUUUUCCAAACUUGUUAGCAUUUUUUUUUCUUCUGCUGAUCACAAAAGAAGAUAUUUUGAAGAAUGUUGACAACCAGACAGUUUUGGUUCCCAUUGAUUUCCAUUGCAUUUUAUUUCCAUAUAAUGGAAGGCAAUGGCAACCAAAACAGUUUAGUUGCCAACAUUCUUCAAAAUACCUUAUUUUGUGUUCCACAGAAGAAAGUCAUACAGGUUUAAAUUACAUGAGGGUGAGUAAAUGAUGAUUAAAUUAUAAUUACAAAUUUAAUUCAAUAUGUUAUCUACCCUGACUAAGGUUUGUAUUACAAAUCUUCUAAAGCCACAUAAUACAUUUUAUAGAUGGAUCAUGCUACUUUCAUGUUGCUUUUUAUAGUUAUUUUUAUAGGUAUGACUGCCCUGGUUACCAUUAGAUUACAUUUUAUGGAAAAGAGCAGUGUGAAAAAGUUGCUAAACAUCUCCUUUUAUGUCCCACAGAAAAGAAAUGACAUAGAAUUGUAAUGACAUUACGCUGAGUAAAUAACACAAUUUUUCAUUUUUAGGUGAGCUAUCACUUUAAGGUCAUUUAGUACAUGUGUGCAUGUGUAUACAAAACUAGCAAGGGAAUCUGCAAUAUCCUAAUGCCAAAAUACUAAAGUCUAGAAAAAUCUGCCUUACCAAAGUAUCCAAAAGAUUGCGUGUGUGUGUGUGUGCUGCCCUAAAUAAACCCUCAGUGCCUUGAAUUCACUAUGCAGGUUCUCAGAACAUAAAACUAAAGUUUCUGCACUCCUGUUUACUUCCACCAUCAUCUCCAAGGAAAUGCCCCAGUCCUGUCUCCAAGAAUAACACUAAACCUAAUGAGCUUUUUGGGAUUGUGGUAACUGAAUCAUGUGAGCAUCAUAAUCAGAGGAACCAGUGCCGGGUGUGGCGCCCCGCAGGAUGAAUGACUGAUGGGAUUUCAGGCAGGACAAGGCUCUUGAUUUAGAGACAUUUGCACACAGCUGAUACUUUGCUGAUCAAGGGGGAAAAAAUCAGUCUUCCAUGGAGUUUCCCGUUUUCUUUAUACAUAUCAUGACUUUGUUUAUUUGUCAAACUGGAAGUUUAAGAUUUUUCAAAAAAUGACUGCUGUGUGUGUGUUUUAAUGGUGUGUUGCCUGUCAGUAUUAAGCUGUAAAUGGGAGACAGUAUUAGAAACCUUAUGUAAAGGUUGCAACAUUCAGUUAUUCCAUUUAAGCAAAAAACAGUGCGUGCACGCAGUUCAAAAGAAGGUAGACACUAAACAUAAAGAAUCAGUGCAGAUAAACCCACUUCCAAUUAAAAGCUCCUCUUGUUUGCAUGGGCAGUUUGGAUGAAAAAAUCAAAAUUGGAUGAUAAAAGCUCAUGUGGACGUGGGCAUUCGUGUCAUGACUGUGUGCGUUCUGUUAAACACUAGUAGUCUUCUAUCUUCACAUUCAUCUCUUCGCCCCUUUGAAAAGCAGCAAUGAAUUCGAAAUGGCUAAGCCGUGUAAUAAUAAUAAUUUGAGUUAAUGUUGGAGUUCAUGGUGACUGAACACUUGCAUCCGUUCUGCGUGCAACCGAUCAUACGUGGGCUCCAUGUACUGUUUACUCUUUGUGUCUGCAGCUAGACCUUGUCCUUUCUGUGAAAGGAGUUCCCUAUGUGAAAAUGAAAUGAUUAUUUUGCCCAGUUCUUUUGCAGACCCAUUCAACUCAUUCGCUCUCUCAUGAAAGUGUAUUCUGUGCCUUGCAGGUGCCAAUCCUCAAAUGUUUGCAAUAAAAGGUACCUUCAUUUGUAAUUAAA